AGAGGCAGCGCUCGAUCUGAGCCAUUCUAUUCUGCAAAUGGUAAGAGGAACAUGAUGACGAAUACGCAAGCGACGAGCAGAUACAUCUAAAUUAAACGCUAAUAGGUUUUUUUGGAUAGAUUUUUAAUAUAACGUUUUAAAGGGAGCCACCGAAGCCGGAUCACAUUAGAAACACCGAAAGAUACCGGUCUGGAGUCCACAAUGACCAACGAGGAACCUCUUCCUAAGAAGGUUCGCCUCUGUGAGUCUGACAUGAAGACCCUGACCAGGGAGGAGUUGUGCACAAGAUGGAAACAACAUGAAACAUAUAUCCAGGCCCUGGAGUCAAAAUACUCCGAGUUAUGUUCCAAUGAUGUGACGGGACUAAAGGAGUCUGAGGAGAAGCUCAAGCAGCAGCAGCAGGAGUCUGCACGGAGGGAGAACAUCUUGGUUAUGCGCCUUGCCACUAAGGAGCAGGAAAUGCAGGAGUGCACAACCCAGAUCCAGUACCUCAAGCAAGUGCAGCAACCGAGUGCGGCCCAGCUGCGUUCGUCCAUGGUGGAUCCAGCCAUCAACUUGUUUUUCCUCAAAAUGAAGGGUGAACUGGAACAGACUAAAGACAAACUGGAGCAGGCCCAAAAUGAACUGAGUGCCUGGAAAUUUACACCUGAUAGCCAGACGGGCAAGAAGCUAAUGGCCAAGUGUCGGAUGCUCAUCCAGGAGAAUCAGGAGCUGGGGAGGCAGCUGUCCCAGGGACGUAUCGCUCAGCUGGAGGCCGAGCUGGCCCUGCAGAAGAAGUACAGCGAGGAGCUCAAGAGCAGUCAAGACGAGCUGAAUGACUUCAUCAUUCAACUGGACGAGGAGGUAGAAGGAAUGCAGAGCACCAUCCUGGUCCUGCAGCAGGAGUUGAAAGAGGCCAAACAGCAGCUGUCUCACACUCAGGGUGCCGUGGCCGGGCCCAGUAGGACUUCACCUACAGCUUCCACCUCAUCCAACGAAUUGUCCACAAAGCCCGAGCAGGCAAGUGCAGCGUCAGACGGAAGGAUCUCCAAUGGACCAAGCAAUGGCAACUCAUCCCAGAGAGGCGAGACCACUGUGUCCAGCCUGUAUCGCGAGGUGAGCAGCACUGAGGAAGACUUCCCCAUGUCCCCCAAUGUCUCCAGCCCUGGCGAAGCAGACACUAAACUGUCCAACCAUUCGGAAGAGGCUUCGGGGAAUCAAACUUCAGCUGGGAGAUCUGGAGGACCUGUGGGAUUUGGAAGUCAGCUGAGUGCAGGGUACGAGAGCGUGGACUCUCCGACAGGCAGCGAGACAUCAUUGACUCAGCACUCAAAUGACACAGACUCCACCACCGACCCUCACGAAGACAAGACUGCCCUGGUCACCAAGGGCACCAGGACUGCAGGGUCACGGCACACUCAGAACGGCUUGGACUCCAGCAUGAGCGACAGUGCAAUUUUGUAACGUACUCUGUUAUAAUUUUUUUUAUACAAAUAAGGCAACAAUGUGUAGUCUGACACAGCACUGUUGUGUUAUUUUUGUUUUCACCCUCCCCUUUAAGACUGUGAUGCCUCUGUCACAUUUGUGUUGCUCAACAGGGAAUAUAACUUGACAGGGUUAAUGUUAGAGUUAAACUUUGUGGCUGUAUGAUUUAAAAGUUGUUUCAUUUGGCUGUUAAAUUGGUCAUGUCUAUGCUGUUCUCAUUUGAACUAUUGACUUCAGACAUCUGGUGUUGUAACUCCAUUAAAAGUCAGUAUAAAUCACCUAAAUACACUAGCUUGUGAUAUUCAAGGUCAUUUUUAGGUGUUGGCCUGUUUUUUGUUUUGUUUUUCUUUUUUUAAAUAAAGUUUUAAUUUUCAUUGACAAAAUCAUGUCCACAAGAUUCUGUUGAAUUGUUUGUAGUUUAUAUGCGAUGUCAUAUUCAGACUUCAGUCCUUUUCAUGUACUGACCAAAUAUCAAUAAAGACUUUUAAUACUGUA